CACGUUUAUUUUGUUGUGGAAAAAAAAUCUCUUUCCAAUCGGUUUCGGUAUUUCGCAGUGUUCCUCCUUGAACCAGUGCUUGGCGGUGCGAUAAAUUCAAUGUCAUGGCUGCGAAAAUGACCGAGAAUAAAAAACAAAAGAAAGCUGGCAAGAGCAAUGCACAGGCGGCGGAGAGCAACGGCAUCGAAAUGGGGUCACCAUCGAUAAAGAACGAUCAAGCCUCCGAUAAUGAAGGCAUACGGGAGAUGUGUGAGCAAGGACAGAACGCUAUCAUCGCCGGGAUGAAGGCGGCAAACGCGAUGCCGUCGGGACGGUCUCGCGACCUAUAUGCGGCGCAUCCAGAGUUCAUCAAAAUCAUGGACACGCGGGCCAACCAGGUGCUGCAUAUAAUCGCGAACAUUUUGCAGCUGCAGGGAGUACAGGGCAACAUUCUGCACCGCGAUCCGGACGAGCGGUUAGAGAUGAUUCACGAUUUCAACGACAACAUACUGGAGCGGAUACACUCCAACCUGGAUGAGAUGGCCGGCAUACGGAAGGUCGUCCCAACCGUGCUGGUCCAGUCGGAGGUGCAGGUACCGGUGACGCCCCGCUAUCGGCUGAGCGGUGCCUGGAACGAACGGCAGAAAGGUGAACCGGUCAAAGCCACCCUCAUCACCGGGACCAACAUUGCCCGGCCGCAGGUGAAGUUCAAGGUGCCGGUCGACAAUUCACGCCUCAACCCGUUCGUGCCGAAGAUACGGGAUAAACCGCACUCGCUCAAACCGCUAGCCGUGCUGCCAGAGUACGACGAGGCGGGCAACAUCGUAAGCUAUCUGCAUCCGUACGAGUUCGAGCUGGACCGGUUCCAGCCGGCAAAGCACGUGUUCGAACGGACGACACCGCAGGAACCGGUGCCGCUGGAGCGCACGCCCCUAAUGUACGUCGACCAAGAGUCGCAGCUGGCGGAGCUGGUGCGCGAGCUGCAGGCGGCGAAGGAGAUUGCAAUCGAUCUUGAGCACCACUCGUACCGCAGCUACCAAGGGUUCACCUGUCUGAUGCAGCUGUCCACGCGCACCAAGGACUACAUCGUGGAUGCGCUAGCGCUGCGCGACGAGCUGCACGUGCUGAACGAGGUGUUUACCGAUCCGAAGAAGCUGAAGGUGCUGCACGGCUCGGUUAGCGAUAUCGAAUGGUUGCAGCGCGAUCUGGGCCUGUACCUGGUGAACAUGUUCGACACCGGCGAGGCGGCCCGCGUACUGCAGUUCUCGCGCAUCGGGCUGCAGUUUCUGCUGAAGCACUACUGCAACAUCGACACGGACAAAGCGUUCCAGCUGGCGGACUGGCGCAUCCGCCCGAUACCGGAAAACUUCAUCGAGUACGCGCGGAAGGACACACACUAUCUGCUGUACAUUUACGAUCGCAUGAGGAACGAGCUGCUCGAGAAGGGCGAAAGCUUGCUGCAGACCGUGUACGACAAGUCGACGUUCAUGUGCAAGCAGCGCUACCAGAAGCCGGUCAUGAACGAGGACACGGUGAUGAACAUCUAUCGCCGGUCGCGGUACGUCUUCGACCACCGGCAGAUGUACGCGUUCCGGGAGGUGCUGUACUGGCGCGAUCAGAUCGCCCGGCUGGAGGACGAAUCGCCGGGCUACGUGCUGCCGCAGCAUAUGGCACUGGACAUUGCUUCAAAGUUGCCGCGCGAAAUGCAGGGCAUUAUAGCGUGCUGCACGCCGGUGCCUUCUUUAGUGCGGCAGCAUCUGCAUGCGCUGCACAAGAUCGUACUGAAGGCGCGCGAGCUGCCAGCGGUAGCGGGUGGCAAUCAGGCACAAACGAGGGAACAGCACGCGGACACGCGCUACAAAAUGCAUUCGGCGUUCGAUUUCGACAAUCCCUUGGUGUGUCCGCAUGACGAUGCGGGGCACGGUACGGACGAUGCGGGUGCUACCAACCGGCCAACGUUGCUGGGCGAUUUAACCAACAGGAUGGAGGCGGCAACGCCGGUACCAGCGAUUAACGCGAAUCUGCUGAAAGAUGUCCCCGACAUGGGUGUAUUAGCCGUGCCGAAGAUUAGAACGAUCGACACCCGCGGACACGUUGGACUGAGUGAAAGCGACGUAAGUGAGGCCAAACUUGCGAAACUGCUGGCAUUGCACACCAACCAUCCGCAGGAUCAAUCAGAAGAAGCUGGGAGCGAGAAUAAAGCUAGUAAAUACGAACAGAACAAGUUCAACACACCGUUCGAGCGGUAUUUGGAGACGUGCCGUUUGCGUCAGCUAAAAGAACGCAACGACGAAGCGCUACAGAAGCAGCAAAACACGGGCGCCACCAGCAAGCAAAGCACGGAAACACCUUCAGCCGACGUUCUGACCCUCCAGCAACCAAAUCCCCCAGCACCGGCCACCGUUGUAGUGGUGAAGGAAGAACCGUCCCAAAAGGCACCGCCCCAGAUGCUGACACAAAAUCAGCUCAAACGGCUCGAGGAAGCAAAGGAACGCAAAUCGAUCGCCGCAGGUGAGAAGCUAUGCUUCAACGGAACAGUCAUCAUGGAGAAGCCCGCCAAUCAAACGCCGGGCAAAAGAAAAUCCUUCCCAAUGGAAAUUAACGUCAGCAGCAGCUCGGACGCGAUCGAGCAAGAUCUGCAGCCGGUGGCGGGUGAGCAGAAGCCGGCAGAUAAGCUGCACAUGGAACCGUUCAAGGAUCAGUCGAAACCGGCCGGCCCGCACAAUGACAGUGCGAACUGGGGCGAAAAGCCGGCGAAAUCGAAAAAAGACAAGCAGCGGCAACGGAACAAAGCGAAAUCGUCCGUCGGGCAGGGCUGUGGGCGCCAAUCGUCCAACAAACCGGUCGUACCGUUCGAUUAUAAUAACGUCGAUUUUAGCCGCUUCCAGGGCGGCUCGAAACCGCUCGCCGGACCGCGCAAAGGGAAGCGUCCCGGUUUCGCGUUUACGCUAGCGGACGACCCUAACGAGGGCAGCAGCGGCAACAACACCAACAAGAAGCUGCACCCGAACAGCCGGAUAGCGAAGAACAUUAAAAAGACGCAGAAAAUGUUCAACCUCAGCACGAGCGGUGGGCACGGUGGCGGUGGAAAGCGCAAGUAACACUCCGGUACGCGGUAGGGGGAAAACGCAAUGAACGAGACGUUUGUAAAAGUAUAAAAAAAUAAAACUCCUCUCCAAUUUA